AUAAAACAUUUUGGAAUAUUACGUGCAGAAAGACAAUGUAUUAUUUUACUUACACUAAACAUAAAUUAGUAUUUUUGUUACAUGUGACAUUAUUAAUAUUACGACCUCCUUUAAAAAUACUCUAAAGCUACAUUUUGUAGUAUCACAGUCGAUGUUUCCAGUCGGAAUAAUUUUCUUGUCCCGAGCUAGCUACCGUGAACGUAUCAUUAUUAUUGGCGAAAAACAGUUGUGGCCAUCUCAUUGGGUUUCUAAGCAAGAAAGCCCAUAAUGGAGCUGGCUCACAGUCUGCUGCUCAAUGAAGAUGCCUUGGCACAGAUCACCGAGGCCAAGAAGCCUGUGUUCAUCUUCGAAUGGCUCCGUUUCCUGGACAAAGUACUUGUGGCCGCAAACAAGGUGGAUGUGAAGGAGAAGCAGAAGAAGCUUGUGGAGCAGCUGACGGGUCUAAUCAGUAGCGCCCCUGGUCCCCCAACCCGCAAACUGCUGGCCAAGAAUCUGGCCACCCUGUAUAGCAUCGGCGAUACUUUCACCGUCUUUCAGACCCUCGACAAAUGCAAUGACAUCAUCAAGAGCAAGGAUGACACACCCGCCUACCUUCCCACCAAACUUGCUGCCGUGGCUUGUGUGGGCGCCUUCUAUGAGAAGAUGGGCCGGAUACUGGGCAGCUCCUUCCCCGACACCAUCAACAACCUCCUGAAGGCUCUGAAGAGCGCUGAGUCACAGGGGCGUGGGGAGAUCCUGCUCAGCCUUCAGAAGGUGCUGAAUGGAUUGGGUGGGGCCGCUGCCUCUUGCCACCGGGACAUCUAUAAGAACGCCCGCUCCUUGCUGAAUGACAGGUCCAUGGCUGUCCGCUGUGCGGCUGCCAAGUGCCUGCUGGAGCUGCAGAAUGAGGCCGUGUUCAUGUGGACCACAGAGCUGGAGAACGUGGCCACGCUGUGCUUCAAGGCCCUGGAGGGCUCCAACUAUGGGGUUCGAGUGGCUGUGUCGAAGUUGCUCGGCACUGUGAUGGCCACCGCCCUGAUGCCCAAGCAGGCCGCAAUCAUGCGGCAGAACGUGAAGAGGGCCACCCUGGAGGAGGUGCUGGAGCUCAUGAGCACCGGGUUUCUCCGGGGAGGCUCCAGCUUCCUGAAGAGCGGCGGGGAGAUGCUGAAGGGCGGCGGCUCUGUCAGCAGGGAGGUGCGGGUGGGGGUCACGCAGGCCUACGUUGUGUUUGUGACCACGCUGGGCGGCCAGUGGCUGGAGCGUAACUUCGCAGCCUUCCUGUCGCACGUCUUGGAGCUGGCGUCCCACCCGCGCGCCACGCAGACGCAUGUGGAUGCGGUGUACUCGCGCCGCUGCGUCUCCUUCGUGCUGCGCGCCUCGCUGGGCGGCCUGCUGGGCGAAAAGGCACAGAUCGCUGCGGGCCGUGAGAUCUGCCAGGCCAUCGCCAAGCAGACGAGGGCAGUGGAGGCUGUAGUGAACGACAGCAGCGGGGAGAGCCGGACGGGCUCUGCAGACGUGUCGGCCAGCCAGCACGUGAUGGUGUGCGCCCUGAAGGAGCUGGGCAGCCUGGUGCAGAGCCUGAGCGCCACCGCCUCCCCGCUCAUCCAGGAGCCGUCCAUCGGCCUCCUGGAGACAGUGACGUCAGUGCUGCUCCACCCCAGCAUGGCGGCCCGCCUGGCCGCGGCCUGGUGCCUGCGCUGCGUUGCCGUGGCACUGCCGUACCAGCUGACGCCGCUGCUGGAGCGCUGUGCCGAGCGCAUCAACAGCCUGAAGACGUCGCCGGAGGCCGUGAGCGGCUACAGCUUCGCCAUGGCCGCCCUGCUGGGGGGCGUGCACCAGUGUCCCCUGGGCAUCCCCCAUGCCAAGGGCAAGAUGGUGGUGAGCAUCGCGGAGGACCUGCUGCGCACGGCGGCCCAGAACAGCCGACUCUCGCUGCAGCGCACGCAAGCCGGCUGGCUGCUCCUGGGGGCCCUCAUGACGCUCGGCCCCUCCGUGGUCCGGUACCACCUGCCCAAGAUGCUGCUCCUCUGGAGGAACGUCUUCCCACGCUCGCAGAAGGAGCUCGAGGCGGAGAAGGCCCGGGGCGACCCCUUCACUUGGCAGGUGACCCUGGAGGGUCGUGCGGGAGCACUCUGCGCUAUGCGCAGUUUUGUGGCUCACUGCCCCGAGCUCCUGACAGAGGACGUGAUUCGCAGGCUGAUGAUGCCCAUCGAGUGUGCUAUGACCAUGAUGUCACAUGUCCCGUCGGUAAUCAAGGUGCAUGGAGCUCAUUUGAAGGCCAGUGCCGCCAUGGUGAGGCUGAGGCUCUAUGACAUCUUGGCCCUUCUGCCCCCCAAGACUUAUGAAGGCAACUUCAACGCCCUGCUGAGGGAGCUGGUGGCUGAGUUCACCCUGACGGACAACUCGGCCAACACCACCACCUCCCUGCUGCGCUCCCUCUGUCACUAUGACGACAGUGUGCUGAUGGGCUCCUGGCUGCAGGAGACUGACCAUAAGUCCAUCGAGGACCAGCUGCAGCCCAACAGCGCGUCGGGGAGUGGGGCCCUGGAGCAUGACCCCUCCUCCAUCUACCUGCGCGUCCCUGUGGGGGAGGCCAUCCCAGGCCCGCUGCCGUUGGGCGUGUCUGUCAUCGACGCCUCCGUAGCACUCUUCGGGGUGGUCUUCCCCCAUGUCUCCUUCAAGCACAGGCUCCAGAUGCUGGACCACUUUGCCGAAUGCAUCAAGCAGGCUAAGGGAGUGCGGCAGCAGGCCGUCCAGCUGAACAUCUUCACCGCGGUGCUGAGCGCGCUCAAGGGCCUGGCGGAGAACAAGAGCAGCCUGGGCCCAGAGGAGGUGCGGCGCUCGGCCCUGGCACUGGUGAUGGGCGCACUGGACAACCCCAACCCCAUCCUGCGCUGUGCGGCGGGGGAGGCGCUGGGCCGCAUGGCCCAGGUGGUGGGCGAGGCCACCUUCAUCGCCAGGAUGGCUCAGCACAGCUUCGACAAGCUGAAAUCGGCGCGGGACGUGGUGUCCAGAACCGGCCACUCCCUGGCCCUGGGCUGCCUGCAUCGCUACGUGGGCGGCAUCGGAUCGGGUCAGCACCUGAAGACCAGCGUCAGCAUCCUGCUGGCCCUGGCCCAGGACGGCACGUCGCACGAGGUCCAGACGUGGGCCCUGCACUCGCUGGCCCUCAUCGUGGACUCCAGCGGGCCCAUGUACCGCGGCUACGUGGAGCCCACCCUGUCGCUGGUGCUGACGCUGCUGCUCACCGUGCCCCCCUCGCACACGGAGGUGCACCAGUGCCUGGGCCGCUGCCUGGGGGCGCUCAUCACCACCGUGGGGCCCGAGCUGCAGGGCAACAGCGCGACCAUCUCUACCAUCCGCUCUUCCUGCCUGGUGGGCUGCGCCAUCAUGCAGGACCACUCGGACUCGCUGGUGCAGGCCGCCGCCAUCUCCUGCCUGCAGCAGCUGCACAUGUUCGCCCCUCGCCACGUCAACCUGUCCAGCCUGGUGCCCUGCCUCUGCGUGCACCUGUGCAGCUCCCACUUGCUCUUGCGGCGUGCGGCAGUGGCGUGCCUCCGGCAGCUCGCCCAGCGAGAGGCGGCCGAGGUGUGCGAGUACGCCACCAGCCUAGCCAGGAAGGCGGGUGACGCCAAGGACAGCGCCACCAUCAGUACGUCGCCGUCGUACAUUGAAAAGCAGUCGUUAAAAGACCUGAACAUCACCGAGACGGGCCUGGAGGGCGUGCUGUUCGGCAUGCUGGACCGCGAGACGGACAGGAAGCUCUGCUCCGACAUCCACGACACCCUCGGCCACAUGCUAUCCUCGCUGGCUGUGGAGAAGCUGUCCCACUGGCUCAAGCUGUGCAAGGACGUGUUGGCUGCCACUACAGAGGUGGGCGGGGCUGUGGCACCAGAGCUGGGCAAGGAAGAGGAAGACUCGGAGAAGAAAGACGAGAUGGAUGAUGACACCAUGUUCACCACCCUGGGCGAGGACGACAAGAACAAGCCCUCCGUUGCCCCCCGGUGGGUGACUCGGGUGUUUGCGGCCGACUGCCUGUGCCGCAUCAUACUGCUCUGUGAGAAUGUGGACAGGGCGCACUUCGACCUCGCCACCGCUCGCUCCGCCAAGGCCAAGAACCCCAAAGGUGACCUGCUGGUCCUGCAUCUAUCGGACCUGAUCCGCAUGGCCUUCAUGGCCGCCACGGACCACAGCCACCAGCUGCGCAUGGCUGGGCUGCAGGCGCUGGAGGACAUCAUCAAGAAGUUCGCCUCCGUGCCCGAGCCCGAGUUCCCCGGCCACGUCAUCCUAGAGCAGUACCAGGCCAACGUUGGGGCAGCCCUGCGUCCUGCCUUCUCACCCGACACCCCCUCUGACAUCACAGCCAAGGCCUGCCAGGUGUGCAGCACCUGGAUCGGCAGCGGCGUGGUCAGCGACCUCAACGACCUGCGGCGGGUCCACAACCUCCUGGUGUCCUCCCUGGACAAAGUGCAGGCCGGGAAGAGCUCGUCCACCCAGCUGUACAGCGAGAGCGCCACCACCAUGGAGAAACUGGCCGUCCUCAAGGCUUGGGCUGAGGUCUACGUGGUCGCCAUGGAGAUCAAGAAGAAAGCGGAGAACCAGCCGGCGGAGCCGGCGCGAGCGGGUGCGGACGAGGAGGAGGAGGAGGACCUUGGGGGGGCGUCGGACGUGCUGCCGCCGGACAGCCUGAUCACGCUGGUGCAGCCGGAGCUGCCCGCGCUCAGCCGUCUCUGGCUGGCGGCACUGCGCGACUACGCCCUGCUCACGCUGCCCGCUGAGUUUGCCAGCCAGCUGCCCCCUGACGGAGGGGCCUUCUACACCCCCGAGACGAUCGACUCCGCCCGGCUCCACUACCGCAGCUCCUGGGCGCCCAUCCUGCACGCCGCGGCACUCUGGCUCAGCCACGCGGGAUUCGGGGCCGGAGACGUAGCUGACGAGCCCCCCCGGGCCCCCGGCACCGCCCCUAAGGACCCGGAUGAGCUGGCGAGGGACAGGAUGCACCUGCUUCUAGGCGUCAGCAUCGAGUUUCUCUGCUUCCCCCGCCCGGAGGAGCCCCUGGAACACGUCAUGUCCUGCCUGCAGGCACUGUGCACGCUGCUGGACUCACCCUGCGCACGAAUGCACAUCGGCCAGGACCAGCUUUUGGCGGUGGAGCUUCUGAACGUGCUGCACCGGCUGCUGCUGACCCGCGACCCGCCCGCGCUGCAGCUGCAAGUGGCAGCCGUGGUGCAGGACACCGUCCGCGCUGCCCAGGACCACCUGCAGAGGGCGCUCAAAGGUGAAGAGGAAUCUGAUGAGAAGGACCAGCCCUCUGCCCUAGGGGAGGGGGGAGACACGGGGGAACUCCUUCCUGGGAAGUCCCUGGUGUUUGCAGCCAUGGAGCUCUUGGUGUUCAUCCUGGUGCGGCAUCUGCCGCAGCUCAACGCCCGUGUGGCCGACUCACCCAGCCACCCGGCCCACAGGACCCAGCGGCUGCCCGACGAGAGUGCCCGUCUUGUGGCUGCCACCAUCGCCAUACUGGCUGAGCUGCCCUCCCUCUGCUCGCCAGCAGGGAGCAUGACCGUCCUACCCACAAUCCUCUUCUUGAUCACGGGGGUCCUGAGGGAGACGGCGGUGAAGACGGCAGACAACGUGAUGCCGCUGCCCGUGUCGGCCGCCCUGCAGGGCAUCAAGACUAUCAUAACGUCUCCGCUUUCACGAGUGGAGAAGAUUCACAAGCAGUGGAGCACCCUGGUGCGCAGUAGCCUGGCUUCCGUGCUGGAGUACUCACAACCAGACGAGUCCAGACCCAACAUGGACGAGGUCAGCAUGCUGACGGCCGUCACGCUCUUCCUGCUGUCGGCUGGCACAGAGGUGGUGGGGGUCACGUCCUUGCAGAAGGGGUGUAUGGACCGCUUCCGGAACGCCCUCAACUCCAGCGACCCCUGGGUCCAGGCCAGGUGCUACCAGCUGCUGCUCUCCGUGUUCCAGCACUCCAGCAGAGCCCUGGCCACCCCCUACAUCCACGCGCUGGCGCCGCCCGUAGUGGAGAAGCUGAAGGCGGUGGAGCGGAGCCGGCCCACCAGUGCCGGCGAGCUGCAGGCCGUGCAGGAGGGCAUCAAGGUGCUGGAGAACCUGGUGGCCAUGGGCGAAGAGCAGAACCGUGUCCAGCUUCUGGCUCUGCUCGUGCCCACGCUGAUCUCCUACCUACUGGACGAGAAUGCCUUCUCCUCGGCCAGUCCCGCCUCCAAGGGUCUGCACGAGUUCGCUUUGCGGGACCUGAUGCGCAUCGGCCCCCUGUACCCGACCGCCUUCAAGACGGUGAUCGGAGCCGCCCCGGAGCUGAAGAUCCGCCUGGAGACGGCCGUCCGGGCCAAUCAGGCGAGCAGCAAGGCCAAGGCCACGGCCCGGCAGGCCCAACCCACCGUCCAGGCAGCGCCUACCAUCAAACUGAAGACCAGCUUCUUCUAGGCUCUCUGUCUCUCUCUCUCUGUCUCUCUCCCCACCCCCUCUGUUUCUCCAGUCAUUUUUUUAGAAGCACUGUAUGCCAUAUAUUGAAAAUAACAUCAUGUUCCCACCGUUUGUUUUCAGUUUGCUUUUUUGUCUGUGAAUCAACCUUUUUUUUUUUAAAUAGCUAUAGUUAUUUAUAGGUGCAAAUGUAGUAGUCAAUGAGCAUGUAAAUAUGAAAUCCAGGGGUCUCUGUGUUGAGAUUCUUGGAGAUUAGUCUGGAAAUUGACUUACUAGACUGCAUUUUAAGGUGUAACCUGUUUCAAUUCCUGGUGUACAAGGCGGUGAAUCUGUAAAGGAAAUGAUCAAAGUUGACGUUGCAGAAAUGAUUGUUGUUAUUGCGACCUGGAUGGUCUUUCUAAUGUCUUUCCCCCAUUCAUUUUCUCAUUCCUUUAGCCUCCACGACAUGCACUUUACUUCAAUACAGCCUUCGAGCAAAACUGAGACUUCCCUACCCCCCCCCCCAUGACAUAAAUAUGAAUCCAGGUGCCCAAUGGCCCAUUUGCUUAAUAUGAUCAGAUAGUGCUGUGUUUGCAAAUGAAAGCAUUAUGUUCUAUUUCGUGCGUGUGCGUGUAUAUUUUGUAAGUCUGGAUAAGUGUGAAUAACGACACACGGGAUGCCAAUCAUGAGCUGUUGUGCCCACUUUCAAAAAAGGAGAAUCUUGGGUAAUCUAGGCAUUGUUAUUGCCCCAUCUACUCUUCCCCUUCCUUCUGUCAUUUUGGUGUUUCUUUUGGUUGUUUCUUGUCAAAGUUUGGACCUUGCAUCUUUUUUGUAAACCAUAUUCAUUGUCUGUCAAUACAUUAAUACAUUUAAACCUUUUGUAGAUCUGUGUAAAUAAAUGAACCUGACACAA